CUCCCGCUGUCGCGGUGCUGCUCAGACACGUUGCGCGUCUGUCCCGGCGCUCCCGAGCCAUGCGCGAGUGCAUCUCCAUCCACGUGGGCCAGGCGGGCGUGCAGAUCGGGAAUGCCUGCUGGGAGCUGUACUGCCUGGAGCACGGCAUCCAGCCCGACGGCACCAUGCCCAGCGACAAGACCAUCGGAGGGGGGGACGACUCCUUCAACACCUUCUUCAGCGAGACCGGGGCGGGGAAGCACGUCCCUCGGGCUGUGUUUGUGGACCUGGAACCUGCAGUCAUAGAUGAAGUUAGGAAUGGGACAUACAGGCAGCUCUUUCAUCCUGAACAACUGAUAUCUGGUAAAGAAGAUGCUGCAAAUAACUAUGCUCGAGGUCAUUACACAGUUGGGAAAGAGAUAAUCGAUCUAGUUCUAGAGCGUAUCAGGAAACUGUCAGAUCAGUGCACUGGCUUGCAGGGUUUCCUGAUUUUCCACAGCUUUGGGGGAGGCACUGGAUCUGGUUUCACCUCUCUGCUGAUGGAACGGCUCUCGGUUGACUAUGGGAAAAAAUCCAAACUGGAAUUCGCCAUCUACCCCGCACCUCAGGUCUCGACAGCUGUUGUGGAGCCGUACAACUCCAUCCUGACCACCCACACCACGCUGGAACAUUCCGACUGUGCCUUCAUGGUUGACAAUGAGGCCAUUUAUGACAUUUGCCGUAGGAACCUGGACAUUGAACGCCCAACCUACACCAACCUCAAUCGCCUCAUUGGUCAGAUAGUGUCGUCCAUCACUGCUUCCCUCAGGUUUGAUGGUGCCUUAAAUGUGGAUCUUACUGAGUUUCAGACUAACUUGGUGCCUUACCCUCGGAUCCACUUCCCACUGGUGACGUACUCACCGAUUAUCUCAGCAGAGAAGGCCUAUCACGAGCAGCUCUCUGUGUCAGAGAUCACCAACGCCUGCUUUGAGCCCUCCAACCAGAUGGUGAAGUGUGACCCCCGCCACGGCAAGUACAUGGCCUGUUGCAUGUUGUACCGCGGGGACGUCGUUCCCAAGGACGUCAACGCCGCCAUCGCCGCCAUCAAAACCAAGCGCACCAUCCAGUUCGUGGACUGGUGUCCUACUGGUUUUAAGGUUGGCAUCAAUUACCAGCCCCCUACAGUGGUUCCUGGGGGAGACCUGGCCAAAGUCCAGCGGGCAGUCUGCAUGCUGAGCAACACCACGGCCAUUGCCGAGGCCUGGGCUCGCCUGGACCACAAGUUUGACCUGAUGUAUGCCAAGCGUGCCUUUGUCCACUGGUAUGUUGGAGAAGGGAUGGAGGAGGGGGAGUUCUCAGAGGCCCGGGAAGAUUUGGCUGCUCUUGAGAAAGAUUAUGAAGAAGUGGGCACAGACUCGAUGGAUGGAGAAGAUGCAGGUGAAGAGUAUUAAAUCCAACAGUGAAUUGCAAGUCUUUGCCCUUUUACUGCCUCUUUAGUAGCAAUGUAAAUCAUGUCAACUGAUUGGAAUAAACUUCUUUAAUCAAGAACUUUGGUAGUGUCCAAGCACUAUGUAUACUCAUUAACUGUAUGCAGUCAGCAGCCCAGGAGAUGGAAUUUCUUUUUAAGGAUGGUAGCUAAAUAAAAUAACCAUGCUGUA